CUCUCUCAGAGCCGGACUCUGAAGAGGAAGAAGAUGAGGAGGAGGAGGAAGAGGAGACCACUGACGAUCCCGAAUAUGACCCCGGCUACAAGAAGCUUGGCAACUAAGAACCUUCAAGAAUAGAACCUGAAUUACCGUAAUGGCUCACAGCGGACCAAGCCCUGGGCUAAGCGCUUUUUUGUGGACGGUCACAUCGGAUCCUUAUGAGAACAUCGUCCGACAAGGCCGUGCUGUGACUGAGACGAAUCAAGACAAGAACACGCCAUGACGCCUUCUGAACACAGACAAAACGUGAACAUUGUCCAAGCCACGAAAAUGGCCAGACACCCCCCCAGUCCUGGCUAACCUAUGCCUCCGCCGCGGGGUGACGUGACUGUCUUGUUCCUGGGGCCUCCGGGCUCGGGAAAAUCAGCGCUGAUCACAGCGCUGUGCGACAAGGAUGUGGAGACGGUAGAGAUCCCCGACGGCCGGCCGGAUUCCGGGCUCCCCAGCCUGCGAGCUGCAGGCCCAGGCCUGUUCCUGGGCGAGCUGAGCUGCCCACCCGCAGCGCCGGGACCCUGGGCGGCGGAGGCCAACGUGCUGGUACUGGUGCUGCCCGGCCCUGAGGGGAAUGAGGAGCCCUUGGCCCCAGCGCUGGGGGAUGCAGCGCGGGCCGCCCUGGCCCGAGGGACCCCGCUGCUGGCUGUGCGGAACCUCCGUCCCGAGGAGUCGCAGAAUGAAGCCCAGGCCCGGGAUCAGACCUCGGCCCUGCUGGACAGCGCCGGAUUGGGCGCCGCGGCUCUCUUCGUGCUACAGACCCACUGCCGUAGCAGCGACGGCUGCGAGGAGCUGGAGCGCCUGCGGGCGGCGCUGCGAAGUCAGGCGGAGGCGCUUCAGAGGCUCCUGCCACCGGCUCAGGAUGGCUUCGAGGUGCUGGGCGCCGCAGAGUUGGAGGCUGUGCGCGAGGCCUUCGAGACGGGUGGCCUGGAGGCGGCGCUGUCGUGGGUUCGGGCCGGCCUGGAGCGACUGGGCAGCGCGCGCCUGGACCUGGCCGUGGCCGGUAGGGCUGACGUGGGCCUUGUGCUGAACAUGCUACUCGGGUUAGAUCCUGACGACCCAGGUGCGGUUCCUGCUUCGGCGCCCGCGGGGCCCACACCCUACCCGGCCCCAGAGCGCCCCAACGUGGUGCUCUGGACCGUGCCCCUGGGCUCCGCGGGCACUGCUGCCACCCCCGACCCGACCCACUACGACGCUCUCAUCCUCGUCACCCCGGGGGCCCCCACUGAGAAGGACUGGGCCCAGGUCCGGCCCUUGGUGCUACCAGAUACACCCGUGGUCUGCGUGCGAACAGACGGCGAGGGCGAGGAUCCGGAGUCUCUAGAAGAAGAGGAAGAGGCGGAGAAACCCAGCGGCGAGAGCUUAGAGAACGCGGGCCGAGGCGGGGUUGAGAAUGCACGCAGUGAGGGAAGGGAGAAACAUGGCCCUGGAUCGCAGGAAGCAGGCAGUGGGGAAGGUUCAGAGGAAACCGGCAGCGAGAGUUUGCAGCCGGCUGGCAUCGGCGUGAGGAAAUCGGGCAGCGGGGACUGUGAGCGCGCGGCGGUGCUCAGCCCAGAGGACGAGACGUGGGAGGUGCUGGAGGAGGCGCCGCCGCCGGUGUUCGCGCUGCGGCCGGGCGGCCUCCCGGGGCUGUGCGCGUGGCUGCGGCGCGCGCUCCCGCCGGCGCAGGCGGGGGCGCUGCUGCUGGCGCUGCCGCCCGCGUCUCCCCGCGCGGCCCGGACCAAGGCUGCGGCGCUGCGGGCCGGGGCGUGGCGGCCGGCCCUGCUGGCUAGCCUGGCGGCGGCGGCGGCCCCGGUGCCGGGGCUGGGCUGGGCGUGCGACGUGGCGCUGCUGCGCGGCCAGCUGGCCGAGUGGCGGCGGGCGCUGGGGCUCGAACCCGCGGCGCUGGCGCGACGGGAGCGCGCGCUGGGCCUGGCGCCGGGGGAGCUGGCCGAGCGGACGCGCUUCCCGGGUCCGGUGACGCGCGCAGAAGUGGAGGCGAGGCUGGGCUCGUGGGCGGGCGAGGGCACCGCCGGGGGCGCGGCGCUGGGCGCGCUCUCCUUCCUGUGGCCGGCGGGCGGCGCGGCGGCCACCGGGGGCCUGGGCUACCGCGCGGCGCACGGUGUCCUGCUGCAGGCGCUCGAUGAGAUGCGGGCCGACGCCGAGGCCGUGCUGGCCCCACAGGCGCCCGCGCAGUGAGGGGUGGGUUGAGGGCCGGGGCUUCCGGGGUGCCCCGUGUCCCGGCUGCUCGGCUCUGUCAGGGGCUGAGGACUCCAAGUCCCCGUUAGAGGGGGAGGGCGUGGGGGUCCAGACUCUAGCAUGGGAUGUCUGGGCUUGUGAGAUCACAGAGCGGCGGGGGGCCACCGCUCAGAAUCCUGGGUGCUUGAAGGGGAUGAGGGCUCUGACUACUGGUUGAGAUGUGUGACUUCUAGUCCCCAGGAUUCCUGGGUCUUGAAGGGGAAUAGAGUUCGGGAGACAUGACUCCUGGUUUCUCUGGGGACCAGAGGGUGUGACCCUCAGACUCCUGAACUCCAGACUCUUGAACUCCUGAAGGGAGUUGAGGGUUUGGACUCCUGGCAGGGAGUAUAUCUUAGUCUCCAAAAAGUAGAAACUGGAUCUGUUAGGUGUCUAGUCCUUCCAGGGGGAGAGGAGAUGGAAGCCCUGAUUCCUGAUGAAGGGGGUCUCCAUCACACUGAGGGUUCUAGCAUGGAUGAGGGGGCCUGGGUUCCCCAGGGAGCUGGAAUCCUUGGACUUCUGAGCCACAAAGGGAUGUUAAGGCCUCGGUUUCCGGCGUUGGGGGAAUAGCCCUGCAUACAAAGUUGGCUUUGAAUUUUCACUGCGGGGAGGAAGGAUCUCUGAAGUCUCAGAAGUCCUGGCUCCCAACAGGGCUGUGGACCUUGGUUCCUAAUUCAUGGGUGGCAGAAGGUCUCCAUCAAGAGGAGGGAGUAGGGGGCUGUUUCAGAGAGCUGGAGACCCUUUGGUCCCUCUUGGGGAAUGGAGGGGUGUCUAAUAUUUGUCUAAUAUUGCCUGGUGACCCAGAGUUUUUCCCAGCUGUUGUGGGGAGGAUGGUACCACAAAAAUGAUAGAAAGCAAACGUUCUGGGCAUGGUGGGCUCUGGGGGUAGCCAGAGACCAGGAAUGAGGCCCUCUGGGCGUGGAAGGGCAGGAACCCAUAACUCAGAGGUAUCUCCCCAAAAUCCCUAAUGGAUUUGGGUCCUGGUAGCUGCCUUACUCUGAGUGUGAGUGGGAAGGGAUAUGACUGCCUGCAUUUUAUAGGUGCUGAGCGAUUAUGAGGCUCUCUGAGGAGUCUGUUCCUCUGUUCCUCUCUCCUUUAGGUGUUUCUAUCUCUUUUUGGUCUUGGUUCCUUCUGUCACUAAACCUUAGCCCUUUCUGGCCUUGGUCUUAUGUACACCUGCCUUUUGGGGGAAGCAGCCAUGCUGCUGCACUAAUCCAAACGCCUCUGUGUUGGCUACCUCAGGUAUCCACAAGAGAAACAGAGAAUGCCACAGGCAGCGAGGGACCCACAGAGCAAGUGUUCCAGUCUGUGGGAAUGUGCCACAGUGGGGCAAAGGCAGAAACCACAGUGCCUGGGAUGUUCUAGGCUGCUGGCUACAAACAGGAGAAGCCACAGGUCACAGAACCCUUCAAUGCCAAAAACGGGUGGGGCCCGGGCGGGGGGGGGGGGGGGGGGGACCUGAAAUGCUAUCCAGCAGAAUAUGUGUUAUGUUAGAUGGGGAAGGCAAAGCCCAGAGAGGGCAGGCUCUAGGCCCAACAGCACACAGCAAGGCCUCUGCCUGUUCUUAUUUGCUGCCCCAUCCCAUCCCCCAACCAAUGUGAUCUUCCUUCUGAUGCUUGAGCGCACCACCUGGGGUCCUGCCUUUGCACUUUCUGUUAUUUCUGCCCGGAAUGCUUUUCUCCCAGAUCUUCGCAUGACUGGCUCCUUCUUGUCAAUCAGGUCUCAGCCCAACUGUCCCCUCAAAGAGGCCUUCCCUGACCACUGUAACUACAGUAGCUCACACCCCCACCCGGCUUAUUCAUCUCAGCUUGUUAUUUUUCCUUGUAGCAGGGAUUACCAUAGAAAGUUACCUUAUUUAUUUAUUUACCUAUUUAUUGGCUACUCUCCCCGUAUCUGUCCUGUUCUCUGCUGCACCCCCAGCACCUAGAAUAGUGCUUGACACACACAAGGUGCUUAGUAAAUAUUUCAUUCAUUAAUCAGUGGCAGAGCUCGGGCUGGAAUUUAGGUCAUUGGCCUGUUGCCACGAGACAGGGAAGAGGUGUGAGAUGGGGGAGAAACAAGCAUCUCGUGGGAGAGAAAGCCCCUGUCCGAGGUCAGUGGACCUGGGAAGCAAGCACGCCUUUGCCACGGUGACUCCGGGUGACUUGGGCCAGUGCCUUCUUUUCCCACCUGUGCAACAAAAGGGCUGGACGAGAACCAUAAACACUUGUGAGAUGCUAUUUGCUGUGACAGCCGAAGACAAGGGUAACUGAUCUGAGGGCUGCUUCCCCCAUGUGUACCUUGAACUCCCACCGCUGGCACAAUCUGUCCCAUCAAAGUUGAGAUGGGCAAGAUGGGGAACAGCGUUGUCCUCAAGGGUCUUUUGGCCUGAGGAGACUGUUCCUCACACACAUCUGUAAUACCCGGUACAACACUGUCUCCCCCUCAAGUGCAGGUCCAUUCUCUCCGUCAAGCCCGCCUGUCACGUGCAGAAACAGGAGACGCGCAGAGCAGUUCUGUCUAGUAGAAACAGAAUAGAGCCACAAGGGUAGUUUCCAAUUUUCUAGUAUCCACAUGGGAAAAGGAACAGGAAACAGGUGGAACUAAUUCUAAUUGUAUGCUUUCCCUCAAUAUAUCCAAAAUAUUAUCAUUUCAACAUGUAAUCAAUAUAGGGAAAGUACUAAUGAGAUAUUUCACAUGCUUUUUGAUGCUAAGUCUUUGAAAACUGGUAUGUAUUUCUCACAACACUUCCAAUUCAAAUGAUACAUUUUCAUUAGAAAUACUUCACCUCUAUUUAGAGUUCAGAAAACUCGUAUUUGGAGAAGUCGAUUCAUAUACCCAAGUUGUCCCAAUUAUAUUGAAUAGUUUUCCAGUAACUGAGAUGAGUAGCAAUUUGUAAAUUAAUCAGAAGCAACUAAAAUGUAAACCUCGGUUUCCCAGUUGCACCAGCCGCACAUGGUGACUAGCCACAGAAUUAGACAGCACAGCCCGAGAACACUUCCCGUUAUCACAGGGAAUUCUGUUCACAUUGCUCUGGGGUCAGAUAGCCCUUUGACUGACCAAGGGGGAUAAGUCACACAGCAAAUGGCACCUAGCUCACAGGGUUUUGGUGAGAAUUCAGUGUGUGCAUGUGUGUACACGCAUCCUGUCUCUGCACAGCAAUGAGCUUGCAGCCCCUCCUGGAAGCUGGCACACUGGGAGCUCAAAGGUCCAUCUCACCCCUAUGCCUUUGCUCAGAGUGCCCUCCUAUGUUUCUGCCACUUUGCCGCCAUCUCUGACUUGGUCCCGUCUGACAUCUCUGCUCUGCGCUUCUCUGUUCCAAAUUCCCUCUGUGCUAAUGCGCAUGGGAAUCCUGCCUGAGAUCAGAUCUGACAAAGCAAAACCCAGCUUUGUUUUCAUUUGUCGCUGGCCAUUGUGGAGUGUGCUGAUUGUGUUUACGUAGUUGCAUAUCGGUACUCUUGGGUGUCACGACUAUCUUUUAGGGUGGUUGCCAUUUAAAUGAUGACUUUGAAAGGGAUUGAAUUUUAGGCUCUGUGGAGGCAGCACGUUGCUACUGAGGCAUCUGUCUUUGGCAGCAUCCAAGCAGAAAAGACUAAGACUCCCUUGUGAAAGGAUUGCUGGCUGCCAUCAUGGUGUGUCUACUCUGCACCUGCAGGCUGGAAGGCCCUCGGAGGCAGAAAUUCAAGGAAACGGAUGAUGAAUCAUGCUGUUGCCACCACCAGAAGCAGAAGAAGUGCAAACACCUAGUGACCUUAGCUGAGAUUUGUGCUUGUCUGGAUAAUGAUGGAGAGACUUGUGUCCCUGGAGGUGGGGAACCAUGGAGGUGGGUAAAUCAAGGGUGGGUUGGCUUGCGGUGCUUUUUGGAG